AUGGAAAAACUGAAUUUAGUGGGGCAUGUGGCUUCAACGGAAAAAGAAAAAAUGAAAGCCUAUCUGAAAGGAUUGCCCAUAGACAUGAUGGUUAUGGUUAGGAACGCCAGGGCUUCCACCCUUAGGGAGACAAUUGAGGAAGCAAAAGUCAUGGAAACGGUUUACACUAAAGGAAGAGAAGAAAAGAUGGCAAGUGGUGAGAAAAAAGAAUGGGAAGGUCAUUACGCGCCUUCCAAGAGACCAAGUCAUUACAACAACAACAAUCGGGGAGUUUAUUCUAGGCAAGAGGCUAAGUGGUGCUCCAAGUGCCGCACUAAACACCAUGGCCCAUGCACCACCAACUAUACUCCCGCAAAAUGUUUUAAAUGUGGGAAACCAGGUCACGCGCGAAAUGAGUGCCCUAUCAAAGGACCCAUCUGCUUUGGAUGCGGAGAACCGGGUCACUUUAGGAAUGACUGUCCGAAGUUGAAGGCGGGUGGGGGCCAGGGAAAGAAAGAAAACUCCCCGAAGGUGACCGGCCGAGCCUUUCAGAUGUCAGCAGAGGAAGCCAAAGCAUCGUCGGAUGUGGUCUCGGGUACAUUCCUUGUUAACUCCGUACCUCCUCACGUACUUUUUGAUUCAGGUGCUUCUUGUUCUUUUGUGUCCACCACAUUCUACCCACUCUUAUUUACGCCUCCUAGUACUCUAGAAAUUUCUUUGAUCAUUGAGUUAGCAAAUGGUAGUAGAGUUAUGGCGCGUGAGGUUAUUAGUUAG